AGGCAGGCGCGCGUCCCGUUGCGCACUAGCGAUGCGAGCCCGGGUCGGAAGCUGAUGCGCCCUUGAGUGACUUGGGUGGGUGGCCGGGCGGGCGAGGAGGAAGGGCUACCCAGCAGGCGGAGGGUGUGAUGGAGGCUCUUGGCCGGCGCCCCCCUGCAGCAACGAGGUCUCCUCGACGGCGGGCUGCGCAAGGCCCCCGUAGUUCGCUCUCCUAAAGCCUCAGUGGGAGCCGAGCUGCCACAUUGCGUGUUCACAAAGGGUCACCACACACGGAGCUGCCCCUCCCUGUCUCCCUAAACCCCAUCUGCGAGGCCAGGGGCUUUUCCACCAGGAUUCUGGGUGUUUCUCCUCCUUUGCUCCCUCCCAGAUCUUCUAACGUUUAGAAAUACCCCAAUGUUUUUCUCCAAAGAUGGAAGAGGAAGAUUAGAACAAUAAUUUGCAGAAAAGCCCUGCCUUUCCAGAGAUCUAAAGUGUAAUGCAACCGUAUGUUGCUGAGGAGCUCGAAUCUUGGCUGCCUUCGCCCCUCUGCACGAGUAGAAACCCCGGUGUUCAGGGGACGUGAUCUCAUCCUGUCGCUCUCACUUCUGAAGAAAAAUAAUUAAACAUGGGCAAAGGAGAUCCUAAGAAGCCAAGAGGCAAAAUGUCAUCAUAUGCAUUCUUUGUGCAAACUUGCCGGGAGGAGCAUAAGAAGAAGCACCCAGAUGCUUCAGUCAACUUCUCAGAGUUUUCUAAGAAGUGCUCAGAAAGGUGGAAGACCAUGUCUGCUAAAGAGAAAGGAAAAUUUGAAGACAUGGCAAAGGCGGACAAGGCCCGUUAUGAAAGAGAAAUGAAAACUUACAUACCUCCUAAAGGGGAGACAAAAAAGAAGUUCAAGGAUCCCAAUGCACCCAAGAGGCCUCCUUCGGCCUUUUUCUUGUUUUGUUCUGAGUAUCGUCCAAAAAUCAAAGGAGAGCAUCCUGGCCUAUCCAUUGGUGAUGUUGCAAAGAAACUGGGAGAGAUGUGGAAUAACACCGCUGCAGAUGACAAGCAGCCUUAUGAAAAGAAGGCUGCUAAGCUGAAGGAGAAGUACGAAAAGGAUAUUGCUGCAUACCGAGCUAAAGGGAAGCCUGAUGCAGCAAAAAAGGGAGUCAUCAAGGCUGAGAAAAGCAAGAAAAAGAAGGAAGAGGAGGAAGAUGAGGAAGAUGAAGAGGAUGAGGAGGAGGAGGAGGACGAAGAGGAUGAGGAGGAAGAAGAAGAUGAUGAUGAUGAAUAAGUUGGUUCUAGCGCAGUUUUUUUUUCUUGUCUAUAAAGCAUUUAACCCCCCUGUACACAACUCACUCCUUUUAAAGAAAAAAAAUUGAAAUGUAAGGCUGUGUAAGAUUUGUUUUUAAACUGUACAGUGUCUUUUUUUGUAUAGUUAACACACUACCGAAUGUGUCUUUAGAUAGCCCUGUCCUGGUGGUAUUUUCAAUAGCCACUAACCUUGCCUGGUACAGUAUGGGGGUUGUAAAUUGGCAUGGAAAUUUAAAGCAGGUUCUUGUUGGUGCACAGCACAAAUUAGUUAUAUAUGGGGUUGGUAGUUUUUUCAUCUUCAGUUGUCUCUGAUGCAGCUUAUACGAAAUAAUUGUUGUUCUGUUAACUGAAUACCACUCUGUAAUUGCAAAAAAAGAAAAAAAGUUGCAGCUGUUUUGUUGACAUUCUGAAUGCUUCUAAGUAAAUACAAUUUUUUUUAUUAGUAUUGUUGUCCUUUUCAUAGGUCUGAAAUUUUUCUUCUUAAGGGGAGGCUAGUCUUUUGCUUUUGCCCAUUUUGGAUCACACGAAUUAUUACAGUGUUUAUCUUUCAUAUAGUUUAGCUGAUAAAAAGCUUUUGUCUAUACACCCUGCAUACUCAUGACGAGGGUAAUAAAAGUUGGAAUUGAGACAGUUUCAUCCAUAACUGAAACUCAAAUCUUGAUCGGUUGAUAAUCAGAUUUCACCUAGCCCAGUUACAUUUACAAAGUGAAGAGUAACAUAUCUACUCACAGCAUGGGAUUAUUAGAAUCAAACAUUUUGAAAGUCUGUCCUUGAAGGACUAAUAGAAAAGUAUGUUCUAAUCUUUACAUGAGGACUCUACAUUCUUUAACUCCCAUUACCAUGUAAUGGCAGUUAUAUUUGCAGUUCCCAAGUUAAAGACCUGAGAAUGUAUCCCCAAAAGCGUGAGAUUAAAAUACAAGACGGCCGUGUUAUGUUUUUUUGUUGACAUUAGUCCCAGCAAAGCUCUGGGGAAAAAAAAAGUGCUGGCUGUAAAUGUCUUCUCCUGUUAUCUAAAUAUGGAUUGUUGAGGAAACUUGAGACCCACCAUUAAAGGUAUUUUUAAUUAAUUGGGCCAACUUUUAGAACUGUAUACCACAUUUUAAACCAGGUAUAUUUUCCUAUAUCAUGGUUUGCCCCUGUAUAAACCAAAAUAGACAUGAGGGAAGAAGACACUUAAACUUUGUAUCUCAGUAUGAAUUAUCUGAUUUAUUUGAAUUUGAUUUUUCUUUACAAAAGUCAAGCUCAUUCAUUAGGGUCAUAUGUUUAUCUGCUUAACAGUGUAGGGAACAAUUUGGCAAUUUUGUGGUUUUCGAGAUUAUCGUUCUCUUAAAGUGCCAGUGUUUUAAAAUAGCGUUCUUGUAAUUUUACACGCUUUUGUGAUGGAGUGCUGUUUUGUUAUAUAAUUUUGACUUGGAUUCUUUCCAUUUGCAUUUGUUUAUGUAAUUUCAGGAGGAAUACUGAACAUCUGAGUCCUGGAUGAUACUAAUAAACUAAUAAUUGCAGAGGUUUUAAA